UCCUGAGGGAUGGGACCACGUGUAGUCAUCCUUGGUGCUAAACAGGCCCAGAACGGAUCUGUUUGGAGCCGAGAGGCCCACCUUUGCAAGGGAAUUGGUGCCUUCCAAGAAGCUUGGAGAAAGUUGCCACACUGUCCGGGGGCAGUUUGGAACCUGAUGCAGCACUACCUACUCAGGUCCACCCUAAUAACAUCAGCCAAGGCCUCUACAGCAGCCCCCAAGCUGCCUCUGGAUAGUUCAGACAAGGCCUCUGUGCUGUGAUGGAACCAGGUGACCCGCAGCCUCCGGGCCAGGUACCAAUCCCAGGACUAUCGGGCAGACUCAGGAAGCAGCACAUGGGGAACAUUCUCAGACUUG